AUUUUGUCUAGAAGGGUGAUCUAGUAGAUCACAGAAAUUACAGUUUCGGUUUUUUGCGAGCAAGAGCUUUGAUCCUUGGUAUUGUUUUUUCUGAACUCGAACUUGAACGCUGUUGGUUGUCAUGGUGUGGUGAACAUCAUCACUCUUUUUGCUAUGCAGGAGUUUAAGAAAUGGACAUAGAUUGCGAUGGAUUCUUAUCCGACUGUGCCAUGAUGUUGAUUAAUAUUGUAGUAGGGCUCGAUAAUACGACGGUUUAAGCUACAGUACAGAGCCACCAGUUUUGAUCAUCCGAAUCCUCCAGAGAGCGGCACGCAGCCUGAUGGCAUAUUGAGAGAAGCACUUCUAGCUGUGACGUAUCUUUCAUCUCUUGUGGGAGAUUGUAUCUAAAAUGUGAAUGUGGACUCUUUCAAUGAGGUAACGAGUUGUGCGUUCUAAUGACGAGUAAAGAAACAACAAAGAGACCGCUACUAAUGAACUAAUUUUUGGCACUUUUUAUCGAGCCUGAUACUUGCUCAUGACUCGUACUGUGGCCUUGGUUGUAACACGGUGUUCAGACCAGAGUUGAUGACGAGAUACACAACUGACUCGUUGAUGAUAAAUGAGGUAUGACGAGUAGAGAGCGACGAGUUGAUCAAUCUGAUGAUAAGUAUCGCAUGACGAGAAGAGUGCUUCUUGUUCUUCCUUCGCAAGCUGUUGCGACUAUGACUCUCACGUCAGUCUUCAUAUCAUAACGUCAUAGUGUUGAAGACAACGGAUUCGACCAUUCUUUUGACGUUAAUGUGAUGGGUAUAUUGUUGACCACGCGUAAGGCUCUCGUUGAUCUUGAUUCGUAUGCUUCCUUAAAUCGAUGCUACUCGUCCAUGGCCUCCUCGUACUCCCAGCACUGAAAACCGUCCUUGUCCCAAACCAAAACCUCCACAGUGAAUGCAUCGAACAUUUUUUCCGUUUCCCCCCGAAGAAAAAACUGACUUGACAUUCAUUAGCUGCCACAAAUAAAGGCUCUAUUUGAUAUAGGACUCAUCAUCUAUUCGAUUCACUCGCAUAUCCGUUGUAUCGUUCACAGAUACGAAGAAGCGUUUUUUUGUCUAACCAAGAACAAUUUACCUUCUGCUUCAAAAAUUGUCGAUUGAAUUUCUUUGGUACUCAAGUUGAAGAACCAAAGAACGAGCAGCAAAAUGUCCUUUCUGGCGCUCAUUUUAUGGCCACCUCAAACGCAUCCGUCUCCUGCGUCGUCCUUGGUUCUUUCUCUCCUAAUUAGAAAAGGAAGCUUUUUCCUAGAAGGAGAAGCAUUUUCACGCCAAGGACGACGUCCGCAAAGGAUGCAAACGCCCUAACUCUAAUCAUCUGGAUGAAAAAGAAGGCCAUGGUAGUUACCAUUGCAGCCCUGACCUUUUUUUAUGGUCAGCUUUUUUCCAUCAUUCUGGGUAUCUUGGUCCCCUUUUCCCUUGUACUCUCGUAAAAUACAACGUAAAAGGGGUCAAGAUGAGGGGGCCGAGAUGCAAUCUAGUAGACUCUAACUUCUGUGCGUGGCGACGGGAGUUUCGGCGCAAGCGGUUGCUGAGGCCUUUUUCCUGGCCGUGAAGCCGAAAGAGAAUCGCAACUUGAGGGGUGCGAAGGA